AAUUCCAAACCCAAAUUAUUAAUAAUGUAUGCGUGAUCUAAGACGUCUUUCCACUUAUUUCAUCUGUUUCAUUCGUCUACUGCUACCGAAUCACGUGACUGAGCUACCAUUGGUCUAAGACAGGAUACCUGCAACACGCCCUCGCUCUACGGACGAAGUUUAAACGGAUCGUGAAUCGCCCGAGCGGCACAUCAUUUCGAGAUGGGUAGAGUUAGCCAGUUUAGGACCAUCUGUGGCAUCGACGAGCUGACCAGCACCAGCACCUUAUGGAGGGCUUUGAUUGCCGAAUUCGUGGGCACAGCCAUACUGGUCCUCAUAGGUUGUGGGUCUUGUAUCGGAGGAUGGAGCGCAGAUUACAAAGCCAAUAUAGUGCAGAUAGCGCUAGCCUUUGGUUUGACGGUUGGAACCGUGGUGCAGGGUAUAGGACAUGUCAGCGGUGGUCACAUCAAUCCUGCGGUAACUUGCGGUAUGUUAGUGACUGGCAAAUGCUCCAUUUUUAGGUCUUUCUUCUAUAUUUGCUGCCAGUGCUUGGGUGGAAUCGCGGGUGCUGCCAUACUUAAAGCCGUGACUCCCGAAAGUCAGCAAAGUAUAUUAGGUGCCACUAAAGUCAACGAAAGUCUUAGCCCCUUUCAAGGGUUCGGAGUAGAGUUCUGCAUAACUUUUAUCCUAGUUUUCACGGUUUUUGCAGUCUGUGAUAAUAACCGUCUCGACGUUACUGGAUCUGCACCACUCGCAAUCGGCUUAUCAGUUGCAACCUGCCAUUUGUUUGCGAUAAUGUAUACAGGAUCCAGUAUGAACACAGCCAGAUCUUUUGGACCAGCAGUUGUUGCUGGAGUAUGGGAGCAUCACUGGGUUUAUUGGCUAGGACCAAUUCUAGGUGGGAUAGUGGCUGGAUUAUUAUACCAACACGUAUUUGUAGCACCUGUCCCAGAACAUGAAGUGGUAGAAAGAGAACGUCUUCGACAUUUCCAACGUCUUAGAGAGAAAGAAGUUGUUUCAGACAGGACAACUUCCAUUUAAACUUUUAUUUUUAUAUAAAAUUAGAAUAAAAACUGUUUUUUUUAAAAACAUUCAGUGUAUUUUAACACACAUUUUUAUAUGAAUUUAGAUGUAGAUUCAUUUGAUAUUAACCAGAAAUGUCAUUUUAAACUAUUUGUAUUUCAUUGUCAUAUUUUUAUGUAGGGUUAAUUCAGAGAAUCACAUCUUCCAUCGUUCUAAUUUUGUUUUUUUCAUCAUCACUGAGAAUUUUAUUAUGAUAUACAUUUUUACACGUUUAAUUAUAAAUUUAAAGGAAAUAAUAAAAAUAAUAAGCAAAAUUUUAACCUAGUUUAGAUAAAUAGUCAAAAUCUAAUCAACACUAGGAGAUAAGAACACUUAAGUAAAUGAUUUCAUGUGUACAAUACAAAAAGCAAUAUAGAUUUUCAUUUUUAAGCAAGUUUUUUUCCUUCUAAUUUAAAAAAAAAAUUAUUUCUGAAUAACUGCUCAUUUUUAUUAAACAAAAU